AAAAUCGGAGUAACAUCGAGUGAGGUAAUAAGUUGUACAAAAGUAGUGGUGUUUAGCCCAUUUGCACCAUAGAGAAGCUUCCAGGCGCAUGCCGCCAAAGUCCCAAUAUGGGCACAGUCACGAGAUGAGCAGUGUGGCCUAUGUAGUGUGGCCUGCGCUAUUUGAUCAUCAUGUGAUCACUAACGCACGAUCACGUGUCAACCAUCGACCUUGGUUGAGUUUCCAACGUGCCAAGAUCAGUCUCCCCAACAUGUCCGCAACGCCUUCAACGAAACGCGCGCCCUUUACGCCCCGCACGACACGCGUCCCUCGCACGAUCAGCGCUGAUCUGAAUGAACUAUCAUCGAGACAACCUCGCGCUACCGCACCGUCCGUCGUCCUCCCUGCCACGAAGAAGUACAAGGCACCACUGUCCUCGGGGGCACGGUCCCGCUCGAAGGGGCCUGUUCUACCUACAGUACCCGGGAGCCCUACGAAGUCUCGACCUCCUUCUCGCGCGGGAUCCGCGAUGGGUGGUUCGAGCCCUGCCCUCGCUCCGCUCUUUCCCCAACACAACGUGGAAGAUUCCGUCGUCGACUUCCAAACGGUGGGGAUAGAUUUGACGGGAGAUGCGCUGGCAGGAGACCUGAGCAGUAUGUCGAUUGCUGCAGCGGAUGUGGCCGUCGAUAAGGUUAUGGUUUCUGUUCGCGUCCGUCCAGGUAGCAAUUCGGGCCCGAGGGCAUGGGCUAUCUCGGACGAUGAUACGAUUCAACCCUCUGGGGAACACGGCUCUGCCGCACCGACGCCGGCCAACCGAUUCACGUUCGACACGAUCCACACGACGAUACCGACAGCACCAUUGUACACCACGGCGGCCCGACCGCACGUGCACGCAUUCAUGUCAGGCUACAACGCGGUGGUCUUCGCCUAUGGACAGACUGCGUCCGGGAAGACGUAUACACUAACUGGAACGCCCGAGGAACCGGGUAUCAUACCCCGCGCACUGCGCGAUGUGUUUGCCUUCAUCAGGGCUACGCCGACACGAGAAUACCUCCUGCGGUGCAGCUAUCUGGAGAUAUACAACGAGACUAUCUAUGAUUUGUUGGCGCCCGCUGCUGCGCAGAAGGGCGUUGAGAUCCAGGGCAGCGCGGCUGGAGGGGAGAUUAUUCUUGCGGGGCUCCGUGAGGAAGUUGUCACGAGUUUGGCGAACGUCAAAGAUGUGCUGAAACGUGGCGAGGCCAACCGGCGGACUGCGAGCACGGAUUGGAAUGAGCGGAGUAGCCGAAGUCACUCGGUGUUCCGUGUGGUGUGUGAGAGUCGGGAGCGUGGAGGGUCCAGGGAUCACACAGAAGACGAUGGGGUGAGCAAUGGACGACAUACACCUGGUCUCAGUGGUCGGAGCACUCCUGGACUGGGGGGACCUCGACUACAGGCCAAAGGUGGAAGGAGCGUCCAAAGCUCAGUGCUGAGCUUGAUUGAUCUUGCUGGCUCUGAGCGAGCGACAUCGGACAAAGACAGGACAAGAGAGGGGCGCUAUAUCAAUACCAGUUUGCUCACUCUGGGAACCGUCAUCUCCACGUUGGCUGAGAAUGGGGCCAAGGGGAAGCACGACCAUGUGCCAUACCGCAACUCGAAACUGACUCGGAUGCUCCAACCAUCGUUGUCCGGGAACGCUCGAAUUAGUGUGGUUUGCACCAUCAACCCUGAUUCGAAUGCCGUGACAGAGACUAUGAGCACGCUGCAAUUUGCUCGGAGGAUCAAGGGAGUGCAGCUCAACGCGCAAAAGAAGGAGAUUGUGGACACGGAUGCGCUGAUUGAGAAAUACCGGAAGGAAAUCGAAGAUCUGAAGCGCAGAUUGGAGGAACGUGAAGAAGAGGCCGGCAGGGACGCACCUAGUUUGCGCACCAGGAGAUUGUCUGCACGGGAGCAAAUCGAUGAGUCGAAGGCCAUGACGGACAUGAACACACGAAUCAAACAGCUCACCAAGCUGAUCCUGACAAGUCAGACUGUGGGCAGUGGCGAUGACUCUCGUCCAGCAAGCCCUGUGAAGGUUGACUUCGAUAUGUCGCCGUAUCAGCUGCAACAAGAGUUACUGGCCGCACGACUUCAACUUGAAAGCCAAUCCAACCAGAUAUUAUCUCUCGAAGCCUCAUUGGCCUUGACACGGACCGACAAUCCCGACGAUGAGACCGAGGACAAAGACAGCAUCAUUGCCGAGCAGGCUAAACGUAUCAAAGAACUGGAAGCCACUAUGCAAUCACACGGAGAGCCGAGCGACAGGUUGGAGCGAGUGGAACAAGAAUGGAGUGAAAAGCUGCAGAGAGUUGUGAAAGAGAAAGAGACAUGGGCCAACGAACUUGUGCGCGAACUCGAAAAAGAGAAGAAGAUGCGACAGCACUUGGAGGAGGAGCGACGUGCGCUUGCUGCGUUUGUCACCAAAUUCGACUCUUUGGGCCUGGGCAUGUUGUCUGCAGCGGCUUCUCCCGUCAAGCCAAGUCCCGGAAAGGCUUCGGCAACAUUUGCCAGUCGAAGGGAAGCACGCCACCAGUCCAGACAAGUGGAUGAAUUCGAGUCGCCGAUGCGAAUGUCCUUGGAUCUUUCAAGUAAAUUUGGGGCCCAGCCGAGUCUAUUGGAGCAGAUGCCCGAAGAAGAAUGGGAUGCGGCAGCAGAUGCCAGUUUCGAGGUCGACAGUCAUGCCACUUGGCCCGCUCGCGUUGGGAAAACCGUCUUGGUCGGUAGCGGACCAAGCUCGCCAGCUCGCAUAUUCGGUCUCAGUGCCAAGGAGAACGUGCCUACACAGAGCAACUAGUCGUCGUGUAUAUAUUCGCUUUGCAAAUUCGUAACAUUUCUGCUUUCGGUGUUA